UGCUGGCUCUCGUUUCCCUUCUCAUCUCCGCGAGCACCUGACGUUGAGGGAGUUUGUUCCCUCUCACUUCCGGAGGUCAAUAUUCCGGCUUGCGGCGAGAGCUCCGCGCUGGCGGCCCAGCCCCUUUCCCGCUUCAGCCUGGGACGGAAGACCCUGUUAGGGGCUGGCGUGGCCGUCAUGCUCCUGUUGGUUCUGGUGGUCCUCAUUCCUGUUUUGGUGCAUCUGGCAGGCACCACUGGCGAAAACGGAGGUCAGUAUGAGAUGCUGGGCACUUGCCGAAUGGUCUGCGAUCCAUUCUCGGAAAAAACUGGCACCACGGCUGGUGUUGGUACAGGGACGGCUAUUACUAACACCCAGCUGGAAGCUGAAGCAUUGACUGAUCAUAGUAUGGGACCCCCAUUGCCUACGUACGCUCAUGGACCACAGGGUAAACCUGGACGCCAAGGAAAACCAGGAUUACCAGGUCCUCCAGGACCCCCAGGACCACCCGGAGAGCCAGGUCCUCCAGGUCCAAUGGGGCCACCAGGAAAUAGUAAAAACCACACAGAGCGACCUGAGAUUUUUCCUCUUGGAGGAAGAACCGCUACUGGAAUGGGGACAGCCGUCUAUACUAUGGGACCCCGUGUGGCCUUCUAUGCAGGUCUUCGAAACCCACAGGAGGGCUACGAGGUCUUGAGGUUUGACGAUGUGGUUACAAACAUUGGGAAUAACUAUGAUGGAGCGACUGGGAAAUUUGUGUGCAAAGUUCCUGGGACGUAUUUCUUCACAUAUAAUGUCCUCAUGAGAGGAGGGGAUGGAACCAGUAUGUGGGCGGAUCUCAUGAAAAACACACAGGUGAGAGCGAGCGCCAUUGCCCAGGAUCAGGAUCAGAGUUACGACUACGCCUCGAACACCGUCAUCCUACACCUUGACCCCGGGGAUGAGAUCUGCAUCAAGCUGGACGGAGGAAAAGCACACGGCGGAAACAGCAACAAAUACAGCACAUUCGCAGGCUUCAUUCUGUACAGCGACUAGAGCUCCUUGAGUUCAAGAUCUGGUCUGUAGCGUCACAUGCUUUUAAAUCCUGGAUGCGACGAGAAAACAAGAAGUGGUUUGCUUUCAAAGCUCAUCUCCUGGAAAAAACAAACAGACAAGCUUCAGGUUUUCAUCAUUCACCUAAUCGAUUGAAAGCCCAGUCAUGUGAGUGUUGAUAUUUCACUAUGAUGUUGUCUCUGUAUGUAUGAUCAGUCUGUGAAUCUACACCCAUUUAUUAAUGACUGUUUAUUAAUGUCUCUGACCAUAAUGUGAAGUGAAUGACCCUCAAAUAAUGCCCUAAAAUGAGUGUGCGCGUCUGCUGUAAAUGAGUAUGUUGUAAAUCCUAGUCGUGUAUUAGUUUUGGAUGUGGAAAUACUAGCACAAAUAAAGCUCGUUGAUGUUUUUAUUAAGAAGUAUGUGGCUUUAUUAGCUAAUAUUACCAAUAAAAGUAUAAUUAACCCACUUAAAGUUAGCAUUUAAUACUUGAGGGGAUCUACUUGGUCACUGUAAUAUGUGGAUGAUCACCAUUUAAAAUGAUGUACUGUAUAUUUCGCAAUAAUCAUGAGCUGUAAAAUGUAUCUAAAUAUAUUCUGUUGUAAAUGUAACAGCUAAUAGAUUUUUGCUUUUGCUAAUA